UCGAACUAUUGCCGGGUAGAUGUUGAAGCUUUGACCAUGACGUGCGGAUGUGCAAGCCGUGCUCUAAGAUUGGGCAGACAUCGGUAUAAAUGUUCUCCACUUGAACGUGUAAAGACCCCUGCAGCUUGAGUAUCAAUGUUUCUAUACAGACUCAGCGUUGUUGCUUACCAUCAUGAGCCUCCCUGAACCCCCCUUAGUUAUACCCUCAAUCUCAUCACUGUCCCUAAACGACCUUCCCAUAGAUCACCCUCGUUCAGUUCUAGGCAAUCGAGGCAUGUCACUACCACACGAGAGGAAGCGGCUACGAGCCUUUCGUCCACUAAGCCUGAAGCGACGCAAACUUUCACGAGAGUCUGUGGUCAGCUCUCAGCAUCAAGACGACACAUCACCAGAUUCCGCAACAUCGCCAGCGUCCAAUGAUGUCAAAUGUCAAGCUACUGUGACAGUUGUUCCACAAGACCCCUUUCCGGAGGAACCAAUCCGAAAGAGGGACCGCAUUCAGCAAUGGCUCGUUCAACAGGCACAACGUGUCGAACGACUCAAGCAGGAGGUCUUUCGGCAUCGCGACUCGAAGUUCGAUCGUCAGGAUAUUGAGAAAGAACUCAAACAGGCUACGCUGGACGCAAACGCUACGGUAGUGGGGCCCGACGGUGAAGAAGUAUCCCAGCGUGUCAUCAAUCACUUCUUCACACUCUACCCAGCUGGUGGGAGUGACUGGUUGGACUCUAAGCGAUGGGAACGUCACCUUGCAAAAUGCUCGCAGAUCAAGUGCGACCAUUGUAAAGCUACCCAAAGACCAGGAGACAGGUCCCCUUCACCGUUGAAAUCCUCACCGUUACAAUCCUCACGAUCAAGCUCACCCAAGAGCACAAAAUCGCCCAAAGAACCGAAGUCGUCCGCAGACGGUUACUUCUCGAACCCAUUCUGGCGGUCAAGAUCCAGCAAACGAAGAGAGGAGAAGGGAAAGUCGCCAGCUCCAGAUGAGCUAGGCGAGUGUACCACCAGCCCGCUCCACGAAGUGCUUCUCAGUCCUCGAACGCAACUUUCAGAGCGUCUACCAGAUCGGCCCAGAAGAGCAUCGCGACCACCUAAGGGUAGCAUCGUGAUCCGGGAUGCUUAUCAAUAUACGCAACGAAAGCCAGUUCGGUGUUCUAUCAUCUCAUCGUCUCUCGACCCAUCCCAGAUUCCUAUACCUGCGAUCCCGGACCUGAAGCCUGCAGACUCGUCAGGCCUUGACCUGCACGAUCUCGCUCAUGUCACCGGCCAUUCGUAUGGUGGAAGUCCGCUCGAAGAUGGACGACUGCCUUUUCCUUUGUGCCACAACUUCAUCCCCCCACCGGCCCCUCUGCUCAGGCCAGAGCAGCGCAUCACUCCCAUUCCGGAUACACUGCAGCUAGAGGAAGCCUCAAGAGUGUCUUCGAGUGGUAGACCAAUCUUCGACAUGUCACCUUUGGUAUCCGCUAGCCCUGGCGCCACCAACGUCCAGCGAGGAUUCCACCCUCCGCCUGCUGUACGAACCCCCUUCAGGCCUGUCUUUCCAGAUGAAGAGUACACCAUAGCCGACGUCCUCGGCGAUGGUAUCGAGAUGCCCAGGCUCAGGAAGUGUGGCCCUGCUCCUGCUCCCGCUCCCGCCGCUGCUCCCGCCGUCCAGUUCCCGCCAACCCCUCCCGACUCAAGGCAAAACAGCACCUCAUACCCAUCCGGCGUCUCGUACACUACUUACGGCGACACGAUCUCCCUGCCUGCGAAGCCAACGUCCGUUCCAGAGGGACCUGCGGAUAGGGACUGGGAUAUGUGCGAGCUGUCGGAUACUACUGGAUCGUCGUUGCCUGACUGUCCCGUUUACGUGAAUCCUCGCCAGGCUCGGGGCGAGUGGUGGGAUGGAAUGGCGGAGAGGUAUGGGCCUGGUAUGAACUAUUGGCGCUGACGACGUGUCUGUUUAUGGCGUUAUGACGUUAUGGAUCAUGGGUUAUGACAAUUGUGACGAUAGAAACAAUAGAU